GGAGGCUGGCGGGCAGGCGGCGGGCAGCUGGGCAGCUGGGCAGCUGUGGACGGAGGCCGGGAACAGCAGGCCAGUCCCUGCGUGAGUGGCUGCAAAGUCCAGCUCCAGAUAGCCUGCCCUGAAGGGGCCUCACCUGCCAGAGGUCAAGAAGUAUUAAGAAGGAGGUGUUGGGGCCACCACUUUGCCCAGGCAGCCAGCCAGGAAGGACUAAUCUUACCUCGCAGCUGGACCUUGCCUCUGCUCUGUGGAUCAAUCAGCAGAGGAAGACAGAUCUACAGAGAGCCAGAGGAGCGGCCAAGGGGAGCAGAGAGCAGGGCUCACACAGGUGGCUCCAGCCCAGGCCUUGCUGGCUUCUGUGUCACCAAGAAGAGGAGCAUCAUGCUGGGCCCUCACUUCCCACCCUCGCCCCUUGGGCCCAGAAAAGGAACACCUUCCCCCUGCAGCUUCCAGAUCCCUGAUGGGAGCUACAGGUGUCUGGCCCUGGAGGCGGAGGAGAGCAGCAGCGAGGAGGGCCUGCAGGGAGAGGCGGGGCUCAUGGAGCUGGAAGAGGAUGAAGUGGCCUGCACAGCCACACAAGGGGUGCCACCGCUGCCCAGAGUCCUGGGCACUCAGCCAUCCAGCUGCGCCAGCGAAGCACGAGGGGGGACCCAGCAUGACAACAGGGCUGGCCAGGACUGGGAUGUGGUGACAGCCCGGCGGGUGAUGAUACCCAGCCCCAGCGCUGGCCCUGAGCUCAGGGUGGGCCAGAAGCCAGCCUUGGGCCGGAGCACCAGCCUCACUGAGAAGGACCUGAAGGAGGCCAAGGCACGGAGCCAGCAGAUCGCAGCCCAGCUGACCACCCCUCCCAGCUCCAGCUCCCGGGGCGUCCAGCUCUUCAACCGUCGCCGGCAGAGGGUGAACGAGUUCACCUGGGAGAGCCACGGUCAGAGGGGGCCGAAGCCCAGCCAGGAGUCCCUCAGGGUGCUCCCUGCAAGCCCGCCAAGCCAUGCUCCAGGGCUCUGCCUGAGUGCCCUUGCACCAUCCAAGCUAGGCCCUCCAAGGCACUCCAACCCCCAGAGCCCCAGCCGAGGGGUCCCUGGCCGCAGCAUGGAGGGGUACUCAGAGGAGGCCAGCUUGCUGCGGCACCUGGAGGGGGCCAGUGAGGAGGAAGAGGUGCCUCUGGUGGUAUAUUUAAAAGAGAACGCAGCCCUGCUGACAGCCAAUGGGCUCCACCUGUCCCAGAACCGGGAGGCCCAGGAAUCCCCGCCAACCCCUCCUUCAGCUGAGGUCCACAGUCCAGCUGCAGAUGUCAACCAGAACCAGUCCUCACCUGGAGCCACGCUCACCACAUCAGCCUCUAACAGCAACUGCAACCCACCGGCCACAGACAUCAACCAGAACCCCCCGAUAACAGUCAUCCCGCAGAGCCCGGCACUUGCCGGGGUCCAGCAGAAUUCUCCUGUGGCACAGCACACGACAAAUGGCACAACACCCGAGCCCAGACCCAGCACCCUGUGUGCUGAUGGGCCGCCCCCGGCGCCGGUGGAGGAGGUGAUGUCUAGCGUACUCCUAAUUGAUAAGGUAUCCACUCCACCUGCUACCACCAGCACCUUCUGCAGAGAAGCUACCCCCAUCCCCAGCUCCGGGCCUCCAGGUACAGAUUUCAUGUCCAGCUCUGUGCCCCUCGAUGUGCAGCCCAGCACUCUAGUGAUGUCAGCAGAGCCCGAGAUGUCUGGGCGGGCACCUGCCACCACGCCCACCAAGGUAUACAGUGAGGUCCACCUCACACUGGCCAAGCCUCUGUCAGUGGUCAACAGGACGGCCAGGCCUUUUGGGAUCCAGGCGGCAGGGGGCACUAGCCAGAUGGAGCGGAGUCCCAUGGUGGAGAGGCGACACCUGGGGCAGAAAGCCCCGGCUCCCCAGGCCCCCACCAUGGUAGACAGGAGUCCCCGGCCUCAGAGACAUAUCAUGUCCCACAGCCCCAUGGUGGAAAGGAGGCUGGUGGGGCAGCGAAGCCCAGCCCUGGAGAGACGGCCCUUGGGGAACUUCACCCCACCUCCCACCUAUGCGGAGACCUUGUCCACGGCGCCCCCGGCUGCCCGAGUUCGGUCCCCCCCUUCUUAUUCUGCCCUGUACCCCAGCUCUGACACCAAGCCUUGUCAUCUGAAGGGACAUGCGGUUCCCACCAGCAAGACAGGCAUUUUGGAGGAGUCCAUGGCCCGCCGGGGCAGCCGGAAACCCAUGUUCACCUUUGUGGAGAAGCCCAAGGUGACCCCGAACCCAGACCUGCUGGAUCUGGUGCAGACGGCCGACGAGAAGCGGAGGCAGAGGGACCAGGGGGACGCGGGCGCGGAGGAGGAGCCCUUCGCGCUCGGCGCCGAGGCCUCCAACUUCCAGCCGGAGCCCGGCCCUCGGGGUCGGGGCAGCCCCGCGGCCGCCGAGGACGCCGUGCCCGAGUGGGCCUCCUGCCUCAAGUCGCCUCGCAUCCAGGCCAAGCCGAAGCCCAAACCCAACCAGAACCUCUCGGAGGCCUCCGGGAAGGGCGCAGAGCUCUACGCGCGCCGCCAGUCGCGGAUGGAGAAGUACGUCAUCGAGUCCGCGGGCCCCGCCGAGCUGGCGCGCUGCCCGUCGCCCACCAUGUCCCUGCCCUCGUCCUGGAAGUACUCCACCAGCGCGCCCGGCGCCCUCCGCGUGGCCUCGCUCAGCCCCGCGCGCACGCCGCCCGCCUCGCUCUACCACGGCCUGCCGCCGUCUCCCGCCCUGCCCCGGCCCUCCCGCCCCUCGCCCGGCCUCUACACCCCACCCGGCCAGGACGGCCUGCAGCCCGCUGCUGUGAGCCCCACCUACAGCAGCGACGUCUCCCCCGUGUCGCCCUCCCGGGCGUGGUCUCCUCGAGCCAAGCAGGCCCCCAGGCCCUCCUUCUCUACCCGGAACGCGGGGAUCGAGGCUCAGGUGUGGAAGCCAUCCUUCUGCUUCAAGUAACCAUCUUCCCACGGGUCCCGCUGCCGGUCAAGGCCCCUUCUCCAAGGCCAGGAAGAGCAGACCGGUCAGGAAGCAGCACGGGGUUAUCCAGAAGGAUGCGGCAUCCCUGGGGCAGGCACCACCACUGCCACCCGAUAGCUGCUUUACCCGGGCGAGUCUCCUCCCCAGCGGAGCUGCAUCCGGCCUCUCCCCACUUCGGGGGCCUGGGCACCGUUGUGGGGCAGAGGUCACGGAGUGAGAACUCUCCCGGCGCCCUGAAAGGCCGAGGGCGUCCUUUGGCCUUGGUGGGAGGCAGGAAUGGCAGCGUCUGAGGCCAGCGUCUUGCUGGGGGAGACAGGGUCAGGAAGGGGCUCUGAUGGGACCUCUGGAGCAGACAGCCCGCCGGUGCCUGUGGAGUUCUUCUGCGAAGGGUCUGGCUCCUCAGCCGCCCCCCGGCACCUGCCUCUGCGCGCCCGCCAUCUUUCUUCCUCUUGCUGGAUUCUCACCUCCAUGGGCCUAUCUCUUCCCAUUCCUGCCUCCUGGACACCGAUUCUUCUCUGCUGCUUCAGAGAGCUUCACCUGCCUCUACCUUUCCAACUCUCUUGGGUCCUCCUGUGGAUUCGGACUCAGCCCCCUGCUGUCUGAUGCUUUUUUUUCCCCGCCCCUCCUCCACACCCUCUCCAGGACUCCCCUGCACCCAAGCGAUUCCUGGGCCCCGCCGGACCCCAGGCCUGCUUCCACCUAGCUCACCCUCAUGGUUUGGGGGCGGGAAUCCCAGGGACCCUGGAGAGGAGAGCCAUGAGGAGGGAUGUGGGAGGUGGGGGUGAUAGUAGCAGGUAUCCCUGAGAUGUUCUGGCUUUAACCUCAGCCAAGAGCUCCCUGACUAAAGGAAGGCACCUCAGUGCAGUGGAGGAGAUGCCCCAGGGAGAGCGGCAGGAGGGAGGCUGGUCCCCUUUGGGCUUUCCAUUUGUUGCGUGAGUUUGGCCCAUUCUCUCCUUUAUACAAAAGGCCCUCCUAGCUGAGAUGUGUAAGGAUGGAGAUGGUAUUCUGGUACUUUGGGAGGAAGGUUUUGCAGGUAAAGAGGGUCCCCUGGGAAGAACAGAAAACAAAAUGGGCAGUUGAGGAAGGACAGAGUUGGCUGCCUGUGGAGGCCUGGUGGGUGUGGUUGGACUGAGCUGCUGCAGGAGGCCACAGGAUCAGAAGCGUGAUAUCAGGAUUGCUUGGAGACAGGGAAUGUGCUGAGGGUCAGAGCAGGUAUGCAGCAGCUGGGAGGAAGGGACACAGAAGACUCUACCAUCUAAGUCUGGGACGUGGACCUGGAUUCACAAAGCCUGACUGCAUGCCUAUUUGGGUCUUAGUUUUCCCAUCCAUACAGUGAGGAUGUUGAGUCAGGUAGCCAAAGAUCCUCAGCCGCUCCUCUGAGGUGAUGCAGCUCCUCAGAACAAGGCUUUGUGGGGUGUUGAGAAAAUACAGACAAGAGAGGCAGGAUUCUGAUGGAAGCUUCCCAAGAUUGGGGGCUGAGGACCACCCACUUCCUCUUUCCCAGCCCUAUUUCUGGGCUCCCAGAGGAGCGAAGGGUGGUGGAGGCGGCGCCAUGCCGGGCUGAGCCUGCAGCUUUCGUGAGCUCUGGGCUCAUCUCCAUGGGAACAGGGGUGCCUGCUCAGUGAGCUCAUUCCACACAUCAGAAUGAGGGGUGGGGAGCGGCUGAGACGGAGCUCAGCACCUCAUGCCAGGGCCCUCCCAGAGCACAGCCAAGGCCCCACUGGUCUCCUGCUCUCUUGGGCCCCGGGAGGGGGCUGGCAGUGGAAAAGCCCACUUCCAUUGUGCCGCUCCUGCCGCCAGGCUGAGCUCUUCCCCGCAACUUUGUUUUCUGUCCUGUUCUCAAUACACUCUGCCUUCAA